CACGGCUUCGUCUGCCCUGCUUGUUUAAAAGUUGUCACAGUUCAUGUGUCCAUUGCGUGAGUCGCCGUGGACUCUUAAAGGCAACAGAUUCGGGACGACCCUUGCGACUGCUUUGAAACUUCCCUCGCGGGUUGGACGCAAACAUGGGUUGUAGAGAAUUUAAUUUUUACCCGUUUUGCCUUUCGGUUACUCUGUGACCCGGUUAGUGCUAGAUUGCUAGCCGCAUACCUUGACUAGACGCAAAGGGUGAAAGCUCAGAAAAGCAGUAACUUUCCUGGUGGCUUCCAGAGGGGCAGGAAUAGUGCAGUGAUUAGGCCAGCAGCACCCUAGAGAUUUUUACCUCAGGCUUCUCACAGUCGUGGCCUGAUAAACGUUCCUGUAUGGUUUUGUGCCAAAAUGAGUGACCGCUAUUUAGAACAAAGAAUUAGUAUCAAAUUUUGCGUAAAAUCGAACAAGUCAGCAAGUAAGACCCACCUUUUGAAAGAAGCAUAUGGGGAUGAAGUGAUGUCGAGGGCUUGAGUAUUUGACGGGCACAAAAGGUUUAAGGAAGGGUGGGAAGAUGUCUGAGAUGAUGCAUGAAGUAGCCGUCCAGUCACCCACAGGACGGAUGCAAAUAUCCAAAAGGUCAAGGUCUGUGUGAAUAAGCAGUUAACGGUGAGAAGGAUGGCUGAAGAAAUGCAUUUAGAGAAAGAAACCGUUAGAUUCGUUCUGAAAGGAAACCUGAACAUGCGAAAAAUCAAAGUUAUAGCAAGUAUUUUGAAGGAUCAGCCUGAUCUUGGGAAAUUUGAGUGUCCAUCUGGUCAUUCAAAGGAAAUUAAGAACACUAGCUUAUAGGUGAGGGAAAAGAGAACAAGUUCUGAGAU